GCGAGUAAUGCCUUGGGGAGACACUUGGCACUGGUGGCCAACGGCGCAUCUGCCUUGGAUCCUCGCAGCUUUGUGGCUUAUCCCAUUCGCAGUCGCUGCCUCGCUUGACAAGGAUGGCGGCUUCAGACGCCAAGGAGGCGCCGCACAUGGGCAUGGAGGCCCGGCUGCCGCGCACGCCUGCGGGGCAGACCAAGGCGGCCAACACCAAGAUCUGGAAGGGCUUCGUGCAGGGCUCCAUAGGCGCCGCGAUCGGCGGGGCCUGCGCCCAUCCGCUGGAUCUCAUCAAGGUGCGGAUGCAGCUGCAAACCGACACCAAGCUCAACAUGCUGCAGAUGGGGCCCCACAUCGUGAAGAACGAGGGGCCUCUGGGCCUCUUCAAAGGCGUGGACGCCUCUGCGUGCCGGCAGCUGGUCUAUAGCGGCGUGCGCUUCGGUGUGUACGACAUGCUUAAGGGCUUCUGCGGGGAAUCCACCCGCCCCUUGUCCACCAUCGAGAAGGUGGGCUGCGCGGCGGUGGCGGGCGCCACCGGCGCCUUCGCGGGGAACCCGGGGGACCUGGCCAUGGUCCGGAUGCAGGCAGAUGGCAAGCUGCCGCCAGACCAACGCCGAGGGUACAAGAACAUCUUCGACGCGGUCGGUAAGAUUGCGAAAUCGGAGGGGGUGAUGUCCAUGUGGCGCACCGGCGUGGUGCCCAACAUGAACCGUGCGACCAUCAUCACGGUGGGCCAAUUGGCGGCUUACGACACCUGCAAGGAGGUCUUCGUGGACCAUCUUGGAAUGAAGGAGGGCGUGGGCCUCCACUUCUCUUCCUCCUUUAGCGCCGCGUUCAUCGCCUCCGUGAUGUCCAACCCGGUGGACGUGGCGAAGACGCGGCUCAUGAAUCAGCGGCCGGAGGAGGGGAAGCCUUUGUUGUACAAGAGCACCGUCCAGACCAUGAGCACCAUUGUGCAGCAGGAGGGCCCUUUCGCGCUGUACAAGGGCUUCGCAGCGACCUUCGCGCGGCAAUGCCCGUUCGUGGUCAUCACCUGGGUCACUGUGGAGAAGCUGAAGAAGAUCAUGAAGGACUGGUGAGUGAGGCGCGGUUACCAUCUGCCGAUAAGGACCAGCCUUCGCGCCACCGCUGCCUCGAACCGGAGUCCUUCUGUUUCCAUGUUUGCCCCUUGCAUGGUGGUUGUUGGG